GAAGGGACGGGACAGAAAGAGGGCGAGACUUAAGACUGCCAUACGGUGGAAGAAAAAGAAAAAAAAAACAGAGGAAGAUGAAAAAGUAAAACCGUGACCCUGCAACUCUCACCUGAAGUUUGAUUUUCAACAAUAACAGCGACGGCGGCGAAGCUCCAUGAGUGGAAAAACCAAAGGCAAAGAGGAUAAAGACCAUGCCGCCAGAGAGCCCCAGUUAAAGGGCAUUGUGACCAGGCUUUCCAGUCGCCAGGGCUUCCAGCUGCAGAUGCAGCCUGAUGGCACCAUUGAUGGAACCAAGGAUGAAGACAGCACCUUUGCUGUGUUCAACCUGAUCCCAGUGGGGCUUCGUGUGGUGGCCAUCCAGGGCGUCCAGACCAAGCUCUACCUGGCGAUGAACAAUGAAGGCUUUCUCUACACCUCUGAACAUUUUACUCCAGAGUGUAAGUUCAAGGAGUCAGUGUUUGAGAACUACUACGUCACCUACUCCUCCAUGCUGUACCGGCAGCAGGCCUCCGGCCGGGCCUGGUACCUGGGACUCAACAAGGAGGGCGGAAUCAUGAAGGGGAACCACGUCAAGAAGAACAAGGCCGCCGCACACUUCAUACCGAAACCGCUCAAAGUGGCCAUGUACAGGGAGCCGUCCCUCCAUGAUCUGACAGAACUCUCACGGUCAGGCAGUGGCACGCCGACCAAGAGUCGCAGUGCUUCGGCCCUACUUAACGGCGGAGGCAAGUCGCCAAGCAACAAUGACUUAUCCUAGCCCCCGCACCCCUCACACCUCACACACACGCACACACACGCACACACACACACACACAAACACACACAAACACACAUAAACACACAUAAACACACAUAAACACACAUAAACACACUCACACAUGCACAGAUCUCAGGCCGACAUGCCCACACAUCAGGCUGGUGAGGGGUUAGGAGGAGGUGAGGAGAAGAGGAAGGAGGACCGGAAUGUGUUCUUCCACUUCACGGAGCCCACUGUGACUGACUGUGAUGUAAAUAAACCAAGGACAAUCAAUCCGUCUUACUCUGCUGCUCUGGUCUGCAGAAGGACAGGACCUGUGAAUCUCUUCCCUUGACUACUCUUCCUGCUGUAUUAUAUCCAUAGUGAACAAGGGAGGGAGAGAGAGAAACGAGGGAUAGUGAGAAUCAGUCAGUCACACAGUCAGAUAAACAGACUGUUACAGAGAACCAAAGAGUCCAAGUAUUAACUUAGUUAUUGCUAUGAAAAGACGAGAAGGAAAGAAAGUUACAGAAUGACAGAAAGGAAGGAAGAAGGUCUUUAUCUAUUCUACUGUACGCUAUGUUUACACAGAGCUCAUGGGGUUAAGUCAUAUUUUUAAAACGAACGUAAUCCUUGUACACUUAUAAGGAUUGAUCAUUUGUUUGCAUGUAGGUGCGCCUGUGUGUGUGUGUGUGUGUGUGCGUGUGUGUGUGUGUGUGUGUGUGUGUGAGUGGUCGAGUACAUGCUGUGCUUGCAGUAGGUGAGUUGCGUGUGUGUGUGGGCAAGUGAGAGCGAGUGUGUGCGGACGCAUGUGACUGGGGGGGGAUUUUACCUUUUUAAGAUCUGUUGUAUAUCAGGCAAACCUCCUGAGGGCUUUAGCAGGUUAAAAUAAGGUUUACUGUAUAUGCUUCCAUGCUUACUUCUUACAAGCAAUGCUGUUGUUUAUCUUUCCGUUUGUCGUUGUUGUCCCUUGCUGUUUGUUUGUUUGUUUGUUGUUGCAUGGAAGCUUGUGGACCUCUGCUCAGUAGCAGCAUGCUGAAGGUCCUUUUAUUCUGGUCAAAAGUGUUCCUGACCAAAAGAGAACACUAGUGAGCCAAUAGUGUCAUACCAUAACACUAGUGAACCAAUGUGAGGGUGUUAGAACACUACUGGACCAAUAGUAUUGCACCAGAACAUUAGUGGACCAAUGGUGUUGGACCAGAACUUUGGUGAACCAA